UUGCGCUCGGCGUCACCAUCCGGUGGCCGCUGGGGAAGCGGCGCCCAGCCGGGCACGAUGAGCACCGGCACCACCACCCCACUGAAGGUCGUCAGCAACCUUGCCAACACUGAUGUCAACUAUGUCAUCAAAGAGCAUUAUAAUUACACGGGAAAGCUAAAUGAGAAUGCGGACAGUGGAAUAAAAGUGACGUCGGUGGUUUUUAUCAUCAUUUGCUGCUUUAUAAUCUUAGAGAACAUUUUUGUCUUGCUCACCAUCUGGAAAACCAAGAAGUUUCACAGACCCAUGUACUACUUCAUUGGGAACUUGGCUCUUUCAGACUUGCUGGCUGGUGUGGCUUACACUGCCAACCUCCUGCUAUCUGGACACAAAACCUAUAGCCUCACCCCCUCCCAGUGGUUUGUAAGAGAAGGCAGCAUGUUUGUUGCCUUGUCAGCUUCUGUGUUCAGCUUGUUGGCCAUUGCCAUCGAGAGAUACAUCACCAUGUUGAAGAUGAAACUCCACAAUGGCAGCAACAGCUUCCGUUCCUUCUUGCUGAUCAGUGCUUGCUGGGUUAUCUCGGUGAUACUUGGGGGACUCCCGAUCAUGGGCUGGAACUGCAUCAGCCUCUUGUCCAACUGCUCCACCGUGCUGCCUCUCUACCACAAGCACUAUAUUCUCUUUUGCACCACUGUUUUCACUGGCCUUUUGCUGUCUAUUGUUGUCCUCUAUUGCAGGAUCUACUCCAUGGUGAGGACUAGGAGCCGCAGGCUGACAUUUCGGAAAAACGUUACCAAAGCUACUAGGAGCUCAGAAAAGUCGCUAGCCUUGCUCAAGACAGUGAUCAUAGUCCUGAGUGCCUUCAUCGCCUGCUGGGCUCCCUUGUUCAUCCUGCUUUUACUGGAUGUGGGGUGUAAAGUGAAGACCUGCCCAAUCCUCUAUAAAGCAGAAUAUUUCUUAGUACUAGCUGUGCUCAAUUCAGCCACGAACCCUAUCAUCUACACCUUGACAAACAAAGAGAUGCGGAGGGCUUUCAUCAAGAUUCUGUGUUGCUGCAAAUGUCCCCCAGCAGAUUCUGGGACCAAAUUCAAGAGGCCGAUCAUUGGAGGGAUGGAGUUCAGCCGUAGUAAGUCUGACAACUCCUCCCACCCACAGAAGGAGGAAGGCGACCGUCCUGAAACCAUCAUGUCUUCGGGCAAUGUUACCUCAUCUUCUUAGGAGUAACUACGGGGGUGUAUUUCAGAGCCUUCCUCUGAAAUCGGGGAGCUGAGACGCCUCCUGCUCACGGCGGCAGUGUUGGGCUAAGUGAGCAAGUAGCAUUAGUUCUAAUGAGGCAAACGGUGCACUUGCGAGGCUGGAGUUCAAGAAAUGGGACAGACUGUUCUGGCUUGAAAAUCUUUUUCCCUGGAGCAUGUUUUGUCUUUGCACUGAGGCAGCUCAGGAUUGUCAGGCGCAUUCAUAUCCUGAAAUCUCCUUAGUAACUCUGAAAGACUGAUGCCUUGGUGAAAUGAUGCCUGGUGUGUGUGAGAGAAAGAGAGAGGGGGAGGAGGGAGAAUGAAUCUUUUUUUUUU